CCCGAUACCCAUGGCUUAGAGCCUGUGGCUGCGUGAGCAGGCGAGUGGCAAUAUCACGUAUGUCCAUAAAGGUGAGAGUAUUCUCCUAUUGGGCUGUAACGGUGGCCGCUGAUUCAGACGGUUUCCGUCUGCCAUCCGUCCCUAGCUACUUGCGGUAUCUGAAAAGCGAUCAAAGUACUUCUCCAGCCGAGCAAUGCCAUCAGAAAGGAUUCGACUGUACCACCGUGCCACUUGAGGCACCACUGGAGACGACCCACGCCGGACUAAGAGACAGUUGACGUUCGGUUGAAUCGGUUCAACGCUCCCGCACUGGCUAGCCGGAGUACGCGGGACAGGAACCGACCGACGUCCAGAGACGGCAUUCAGCAGUUGUCUCUUUUACCCCU